AUGUCGGUCAAGUUCCAGGAAGAGACCGUUCGUACCGUCACCGGGGAUGGCAAGCAUGAGGGCCUGGCUCACCGCGUCGGUGAGCGAUUGACUGGUGGGAACACCACCACAGGCUAUCUUGCGGCCUACCUCCACCAGUUGCAGGAGAACCCGCUGCGCACCAAGAUGCUCACCUCCGGUGUGCUCUCCGGGCUGCAAGAGCUGCUGGCCUCCUAUCUUGCGCACGAUGUCGGCAAGCACGGCCACUACUUCAGCUCGCGCAUCCCCAAGAUGCUGCUGUACGGCAUGUUCGUCGCCGCCCCCCCUGGGCCACGUCCUCGUUGGCCUGCUGCAGAAGAUCUUCGCUGGCCGCACCAGCUUGAAGGCGAAGAUCCUCCAGAUCCUGGUCAGCAACUUGAUCGUACGUGCUCCCCUGACCAGACGGUCGCGAAUAUGGCGGUCCAUCGCGAAACCCGCCCGGAAUUGCCCCGACUAACCCGCUCUCUCUUCUCGCCUUGUACACAGGUCUCCCCCAUCCAGAACAGUGUCUACCUGGUCUCGAUGGCCAUCAUUGCCGGUGCCCGCACCUUCCACCAGGUUCGCGCCACCGUCAAGGCCGGCUUCAUGCCCGUCAUGAAGGUCAGCUGGAUCACCUCUCCUCUGGCCCUGGCCUUUGCCCAGAAGUUCCUCCCCGAGCACACCUGGGUGCCCUUCUUCAACCUCGUCGGUUUCUUCAUCGGCACCUACGUCAACACCCACACCAAGAAGAAGCGCCUCGAGGCUCUGCGCAAGCGCUACGACCAGCGCCGCGGCGGAAGCAGCGAGUACGAGAAGCGAAGCGACUACCCUUAA